AUGCCACGCGACUUUGGACUGGACUUGUCUGAGGUAGAACUUGACCAUCUGAAGCAAGAUGUGAGCCAGAAAUCUUGGUAUAGCUCGAAGCAUGACGGGAAAUAUUCUCCGAUUGGCGGUGACGACGAUAACAUUGUCACGCCUUCAAUACCAGACCACGCGACAAAAGGCCCAACCCAAAGCACAGAGUCUCUUAUAAAAGAUUCAUCAAACACCAAAAAACAAUCUUACUGGAAAAGCUUCAAGGGCCCCGAGAGCCCCAAAAAGGUUUGCGAAAAUGGUAUUUGGGCUGUCAUUCGCCAUCUCGCCUUAUUCCAUAUUCCACCCAUCGGCAUCACCUUGGCUCUUCUUGGACUCUAUGUCCACAAGAUACGGUGGGGUGAUUUGACUGAAGAGCAAUUGAACUUCUUGCAAUUUGCAGCCAAGGCUCAUGAGAUAUUGAUCUUGGUGUCUUUGACUGAUAUCUUGUUGCAACGAAUUUGCUACAGUCUCCUUUGCGAGGAUGAGGGCGUUCCACUGGGUCUUCUAUCAUCACCAUUUCAACUUGGAUCACCGCUCCAGUAUUUCUUCAGCUGGGAGUUGUGGGCUUGCCUUGUACAACCAGGCGUCAAGCCUAAGAAGACGCCAUCUUGGACCACCGGUAUCGUCAUCAUCGUUACAGUUUUGCUUUCCAUUGCGGCUGCUCCACUAUCAGCCAUUGUCAUGAUCCCUCGAGAAGGGUGGUGGCAAGUAUUUUAUACACCCGAUGAUGAUCUUAAACACAAUUCCUAUUUUAAAUCCGACAUCUACCCGAACGAUCUAGGCAAGACAAAAACCGAUCGGUAUCUCAUACAACCGGAAUCUAACUCCAGUCUCUACCUCCCUGAGUCAUCUCUUCCACCCAUACUCUCAGACAUACCUUCAGCCAACAGGGAGAUUAAUCUUCCGCGACUAUCCAACAUCACAUAUACAAACUACGAAAGCUUAUUUGCCUCGAAUCGAGUUAUUUCAUUAACCCAAGCUGUACCUGGUGCUGAGCUCGACCUUGCGGUUGCCACAACGCCAAUGGACACUCUGUCUGUAAAGGCUCGAAGCGUCUGGGACACUCGUGAUGAGGAGCCAAAGGAUCUUCUCAUCAAGUCUUACUGGAGGACUCUAAAAUCACCUUCUCCAAGAAAGUGGAAGCAGCCUCUUGUGGCUGUGGAAUGCGCAUGGAACCAGACAAGUGGCUCCGAGUCAUAUUUCAGCUUUCCGUCGGCUAUGUCCACGGACGAGGUAACCAUGACUUUUGAGGACGAUCCCCAAUUCAAGGAUUUGGUUACCAGGGCCCGAAAAAUGCCGAAGAACAAGUUUCCUGAUGUCAGACAUCGGGCAUGGGCGCCGUCCGACAAAGCCAACAAAUUGGUCAGUGCUAAUUUUCUACUCUUGGCAGAAGUACCAGAGUAUUUCGACAACGGCACUUUCAAAACAUAUGAGUACUCGGAUCGUACUGAAACGAGCCUGGGAAUUUAUUUCUGUCGUGUCUAUGCUCGGUGGGCAGAAGUAGAUUUCUGGGUUGAACGUGGGAAAUCUGACCUUGUACAGAGUCAGUUCGACCACUCCUUGUUCGACAUUUACAAUCUACUCGGCAAUUCUGCAACCGAAUACGAGCCCAUCAAGAUGCAUACAGAGUGGCUGGACGCAGUUGGUCGUCGAAGAAACGAGACUGGUCAGGUCGUUGCCGAACAGGGUUCGAUUUGGGAUAAUGCCAUUGAUAUCACCAACGAUAUUCGGAGUCGCAUCUCCUACGCAACCGCCGAAGAGUCUAAGACAUUUCUUCAAUUAGCAUUAGGUGUGCAUCUGGCUGAUAUCCUGUCACGGAUGGGCCCGGACUUUUAUGAUCGAAAGGGACUCCGCCCUCCAGAUGGUGAUGACGGAAAUCCUCCUGGACCGAGUGAUUAUAUCGUCGAACAAAACCUCUUCUUGGGCGGUUACGGCUACAGUAUUGAGAGUAGUAACACUAUCCCUCUAGCACUUGGGAUUCUACUAUUACAUGUGGCCAUUGUUCUUGUCCAUGCUUUCAUUAUUAUAUUCUUCCGACAUCGGUGGCUGAGUUCUUGCUGGGCGAGUUUUGGGCAGGUUCUUGUGCUGGCUUUACGCUCUGAGAAGCAUGAUCUGGGAAAUGUUGGUGGUGGAGUCGAUAGCUCACAAACAUGGAGCACUUCUGCGACAGUAAGAGUAGUUGGAGACGGUGGAAGAUUGGAGAUGGUGCUCAACAAUGCAGGAAAUAGCGACGGGCUAAUACAGGGGGGAGGAUAUAAGGAAGAAGGUGGUAGCACCGGGUACACCCGCGUCGAUCCAGGCGUUAGAUACCGCUAG